UGUGCGUCGCAAGGGUUCCCGAAAGUCUCGCGAUGUUGCGCAACAGGGUUUACAAAUUCUGCUUUUGGGCUUCGCCUCUUCCUCUCUGAUUUAAGGAAGCACCGUUAAUGUCCGUGUUUGGGUGAUUUGUCGAUCAGUCAGUCACUUUGAUGCUCUCGAACGCGGCCGAUGUUAUUUCCGCAUCAGUAGUGCGGGCACUGUAACUUCAGCCUUUCUCAUCUAAAGAACUAAGGGAUGUCCCUGCGUAGAUAAAAUCGUCAGGAGUUAUGGAACACAAGAUUGAUUUUCAAGAACUUCUGGCCAGACUGGUUAUCUCAGAGCCAACAGAUCCUAUUAUCAAGUCCAUAAUUAAUAAUAAUCUGGAGAGGCUGAAGAAAUUGAUCAGAGGCAAGGACAUCAAUGCAUUGUACCCUUGUGUUGAGUUACAAGAUGAAGUAACCCCUUUAAUUGCUGCUGUUGCAUUUGCAAAUCAGGAGAUUUGUACAUUUCUUCUGGGAAAAGGUGCUGACCCCAACAAACCAUCAAAGAGAUAUUUAGCACCACUGCAUUAUGCUGGACUGCGUAAAGUUCCAGUGAAUAUAGUGACAACAUUACUGGAAGCAAAGGCAGAUCCAAAUGGUCUAGCAGAACAACCUUUCUUUCCAAUUCAAUUAGCACAUGACAGAGAGGAUAUUGUGAAGGAGCUUCUCAUAGCUGGAGCUUUAAUGUGGCUAAAUCAUGGCGUCCAUCCUGCAAUUGAUCAGAAAUUGGCAAGAAUAAUCGGAAACUUUGCUAAAGAGAGUGAGUUCUUUUCCAAAAUCAAGCUUUUUUUACAUUUUGCACAAGCAAUAAAACAAACAUCCCCAACAGAUGUUUUCAAGCACUAUGAUCUUCACUUACUACAGGAGAACCCACAAACCCACCUCACUAUGAUUGACAUGUGCUUUAACGUUGAAGGUGCAAAUGAAGACGAAUACUUCCAGAAAGCCAUUAAAUGGUUGAACGAUUCCAAGAAACUAGUUUCCUAUGUUCAAGAUGUAAGCAGACGUCUGUCCACAGUUCCUCUGAAAUUUAGGGCAGGUGCAUUGAAAUCCUUAUAUAGAGUUGUUUGCGCAAUGAAGGAAAUACCUAAUGAGGUGUCACUUACCCUAAUUCCUGAGUUAGUGAAACUGCUUUCCUCUAAAACAGAAGAUUAUCUUGUGCCAUUGAUCAUUGUUACGCUCUAUGGCAUCACACAGAAGACAAAAGACAAGGAUCGUUGGAGCAACUCCGACCUUGAGGAAAUAUGCAAGCACAUUGUCCCAUGCACACAGAGGAAGGGUUAUCCCUAUGAAUUGAAGAUGUAUGCCUAUGCCUUACUAGCAGAUCUUUACACAUUUAGCUGUGUUCCUGGUUACAUCAGCUCUCUGGGACUGACUCUGGUACCUGAAGGACUACUUAACUGGGGAAGGGAUGAAAACCUGAAAGUAAAGCUGAGAGAUCUAAACAAGUUAUUAGACAGACAACGUUCUGUCUCCAAGUCAACAAGUGAAGAUUCAAAAGACAGUCAUUUGUCAGAAACCAAGAAGAAGAAGAGGAAGAAGAUGAUUAAGAAGAUGAAGAGAACGGCAGAAAAACAAGACAUACCAAAAGAAGAGACAGACACUCAAGAAAAUAAUGCAUGUUUAGCCUUCAAUACUUCAUCUACUCCUGUUGAGGAAUCUGGCCUUGAUGAGUGUUCUAGUGUCAAGCCGUUCCAACCCACCACUGACACGUCACCGUCGCAGCGCAAAUGGAUCAAAGUCAGCAAGCGGUGGGAGACGCAGUUAGAGAAGCUUGCCAACAUGGAUGAAUGUAAAGUUUAUAAAGUAGGAAACCUCACUCUUAUAUAUGAUGAUGAUUACUUUCGCAUAGCAAAGGGCAGUGAUGGAUCUGAGGUCUUCUUGGGCCUGAGGGAUGAUGGCACUGAAGUAGCUAUAAAGAGAAUGAUCAGGUCAAACUAUCAGUUUCUCAAGAGUGAGGAAGGAUUUUUACAUCUUCCAGAGCUUGACAGUAGCUGUAUUGUGAGAUACAUGGACUUUGCAGAAGACAGUUUCUUUGGUUAUCUUGCUCUUCAGCUCUGUGAAUACACUCUGGAUGAGUACAUUAAUACACACCUAUCCAAGGAUGACACUCCUGCCCUGAUGAAAAUCACUCAAGAGGUGCUCCGCAGUUUAAGUGUCCUUCAUGGUCCAACUACCAAAGUCCUUCAUCGGGAUAUCAAACCUCAGAAUGUUUUGAUAGAUAUCAAUGGAAAUGCAAAAUUGGCAGAUUUUGGCAAAAGUCGCAGAUUGACAGUGGAACAAACAACUCUGUACACAGUCCCUGCAGGAACAAAAUGCUGGAUGGCCAAGGAGAUGUUAGACAAAAAAGGCUCUGGAUAUAAGAGGAGCUCUGAUAUACAGGUGGCUGGGAUGUUGGUAUACUACAUCCUUUCUGGUGGACACCACCCCUUUGAAGGUCCACUUGGUGAUGAACUUGAACAGAAUCGAAACAUAAUCAGGGGGACUUACACACUAGAACAUGUGUCAGACGAGGUGGCAAAGGACCUCAUUGAGUGGAUGAUCAAUAAAGACCCUGCUGAGAGACCUACAGUGGAGGAGACCCUGAAUCAUCCCCUCUUCUGGAAACCACAGAGGAGAGUUGAGUACUUGAGAAGAAUUGGGAAUGAGAAGGAGGUCUGGAAGUAUAGCGACGCUGACCAAAAACUUCUAGAAGCUCUGAAACAAAGUGCUACGGAGAGAACCUUCUGUCAGUGGAGAUCCAAGAUCUCCUCUAGAGCAGUGACGUUUUGGGGCUGUUGCUGGGCAACACGGUCUUUCAACUACCUCCAAAGAUUUUCUAUGGGGUUGAGAUCUGGAGACUGGCUAGGCCACUCCAGGACCUUGAAAUGCUUCUUACGAAGCCACUCCUUCGUUGCCCGGGCAGUGUGUUUGGGAUCAUUGUCAUGCUGAAAGACCCAGCCACGUUUCAUCUUCAAUGCCCUUGCUGAUGAAAGGAGGUUUUCACUCAAAAUCUCACGAUACAUGGCAACUCAGCAUUCUUUGUCCUCCAAUCACGACGAGUUGAGUUUUUACCAAAAAGUUAUAUUUUGGUUUCAUCUGACCAUAUGACAUUCUCCCAAUCUUCUGGAUCAUCCAAAUGCUCUCUAGCAAACUUCAGACGGGCCUGGACAUGUACUGGCUUAAGCAGGGGGACACGUCUGGCACUGCAGGAUUUGAGUCCCUGGCGGCGUAGUGUGUUACUGACGGUAGGCUUUGUUACUUUGGUCCCAGCUCUCUGCAGGUCAUUCACUAGGUGUGGUUCUGGGAUUUUUGCUCAUCAUUCUUGUGAUCAUUUUGACCCCACAGGGUGAGAUCUUGCGUGGAGCCCCAGAUCGAGGGAGAUUAUCAGUGGUCUUGUAUGUCUUCUAUUUCCUAAUAAUUAGUCCCACAGUUGAUUUCUUUAAACCAAGCUGCUUACCUAUUGCAGAUUCAGUCUUCCCAGCCUGGUGCAGGUCUACAAUUUUUGUUUCUGGUGUCCUAUGACAGCUCUUUGGUCUUGGCCAUAGUGGAGUUUGGAGUGUGACUGUUUGAGGUUGUGGACAGGUGUCUUUUAUACUGAUAACAAGUUCAAACAGGUGCCAUUAAUACAGGUAACUAGUGGAGGACAGAGGAGCCUCAUAAAUAAGUUACAGGUCUGUGAGAGCCAGAAAUCCUGCUUGUUUGUAGGUGACAAAAUACUUAUUUUCCACCAUAAUUUGCAAAUAAAGUCAUUAAAAAUCCUACAAUGGGUUUUCUGGAGAAAAAAAUGCUAAUUUUGUCUGCCAUAGUUGAAGUGUACCUAUGAGUAUUACAGGCCUCAUCUUUUUAUGUGGGAGAACUUGCACAAUUGGUGGCUGACUAAAUACUUUUUUGCCCCACUGUAUAUACAUGUAUAUUAAAACAUGUAUACACUAAUGCAAAAGUGUGGGAGUGCCCUCUCCCCUGGCAGAGCGUUUUGAAAGCUGAGGCUACACAAUUUACAGAUUGUUUUGUGA